UAUAAGGUCUCACAGCUGACAAUGCACACCAGAGCAAAAACGAAGCCAUGAGGUCGUAGGAACUGCCUGCAGAGCUCAGAGACGGGAUUGUGUCGAGGGACAGAUCUGGGGAAGGCUACAAAAAAUUUUCUGUUGCAUCGAAGGUUCAUGAGAGCGUAGCCGCCUCCACAGUUCUUCAGUGGAAGAAGUCUGGAACAACCAGGACUCUUCCUAGAGCUGGCUGCCUGGGCAAACUCAGCAUUCAGGGGCAAGGGGGCCCUGGUAACACUGGUGACCAAGGACCCGAUGGUCAGCUGAGCUCCAGAGAUCCCUUUUGGAGAAGGGAGAAGCUUCCUGCCCACAGGCCUUCUUACACAGGACUGUGGACACUGGGAGUGCAUAAGGGAUCUUUUAAUGAACAGGAGGAACGAUUACAGAAAGAAAACCUGUUUCAGCGUAUAUAAGGCACCGGAGUAUUUCUCUAAGAUAGAGUUGUAAAUUGUAAACCCUGCCUGGCCAUACCAACAAGAUAGUAUUUUCAAAGUAUUUAACAAUUGUUCCACAUGCAAUGUAUGAUGCGGAAGGUUGAGGUUAACAGACGAUAUCCAGUUAUUUUUCUGAAAAAGAAGAAAGUAGAACUGGGAUCGUAUCAGUGUUGUGACAACUGGGUAAAGUACAUUUAAAACCACCACUUUGAAUUCGCAGUGCGGUGGAGGCUCCGGUCCAGCAGGUGGCGUGACAAACCGCCGGAGCCUCUGGGAACAGCAACGGGAUGCAGAGGCCGGUGUGCUUCUGUUUCCAGGUUAUUGGAUGUAAACAGAAGGACGUUCCCCCCCCUUCGGAGUCGGCGGCGGCGGAAACCAUGAGCAAACUGGAGCUGCUGAACGUGUUCCUGAACGAUAGGCUCACGGCGGCCGGCGAGGAGAUUUUCCGCGCCGUGAAAGACGCGGUGGUGGAGUAUCAGAGCGAGAUCCUGCGCUCCAAAGAGGAGAACGAGCGGCUCAAGCGGCUCCUCAAUGUAGCCGUCCAGCGGCUGCUACUGCAACCGGAACCCCACUCUGUCCAGCCCCAAGAAGAUGGUCAGCCCUGUGAGUCUGAGCGGAGACGCAGUGUGGAGCUACUGCCACAAGUUAAAGAAGAACCAAAACUCAGACACAUUCAGACAGAUUGUUUGCAGGAUGCAAGAGACUCAGAGGAAGGAAACUCUAGUCAUGUUGAGACACUACACAGGUCACAUCCUCCACCAGCCGACAAAGUGUGCGGCAAACAAAGCUUCUCCCCACCUCCUCUAGCAUCCCAGGAGAUUAAGGCAGAGAGUGACCGAAAGGACGACAGGAAACAGCAGCCAGCCAGCAGCUUACCAUCCUCUCUGACUGUUCUGUCAAACUGUAGAGCGGCUCAGAGGGAUUCUUGUGCCAGUACUGCAAAGAGUCACAGGACUCCGAAAACAGACCAGCAGAUGAAAGGGUUACUCCGCUCAAAUGGCAAACAGAGCGCACACAUACUGCAGAUCAAGAAUGUGAGGUCCCUGAAGCCGCCUCUGCCUCGCUCCUCUCACCCGAGCCAGAGCAUCCAGAGGUGGCACAGCUGUAAAGAGUGUGGAAAGGGCUUCAGCUUCGCCUGCCAGCUGGAGGUCCACAUGCGCUGGCACACUAAGGAGAAGCCGUACAGCUGUGCAGUGUGCCGGAAGAGCUUCACUACGGUCAGCAUGCUGAAGAGGCACCACCGCAUCCACACCGGAGAGAAGCCCUUCCGCUGCCAUGUCUGCGGGAAAUGUUUCAACCAGUCAGCACACCUCAACACCCACUUCAGGCUUCACACCAGAGAGAGGGCCAGCUGGAGCCGAGUACCUCACUCCAAGUGAAUGAAGGCUUUCUGCAUAACAGGAAAUAAAUCUGUAAACUGUGAAUGCUUGAAAUAUCCAACUUUCAGGUUCAGACAGUGUACAAUAAUGGUGUUUGAUUGUGUGUCUUAUUGUUGUUCAAUAAAGCGUGGUAUAUGAAGAUUUCUGA